UAGAGUGAGUGCGCUAGAGUCAUUGCGCUACGAAAGUAAUGACCAAAACAAAGAAGUCAUCACUUUAUGUCAACAAGUUGAUGAGCUUGAGAAUGCGUUGGUAGCGACAGAUGUCAUUAUUUAUGGUGUUCCGCUUAUAGCUGAAGAGAAUUUAACUUCGCUGUUCUCUAAACUUUGCACAUCGAUUAACCUGACCCCGCUGCCCGCCCGUUCAACUUUUCGUUUGCGCAAAAACAACAGCAACAAGAAGCCUUCUCCUAUUAUAGUCAAGCUAAAUUCAUCAUAUGAUCGUUCACUCUUAUUUAAGGCGAUUGCCGGCUUUUUUAAGGCAAAUAGAACGUCGCUAACACUUCGCGAUAUAGGGCUCAAUGGUGAUGAGAAGAUCUAUGUGCAUGAAUGCCUUACGAAUAAGAAUCGUGAACUUAUUCAAAUUGCAACACGGCUGAAGAGACAAAAAUUAUUGGCGAGUGCAUUUUCUAUACGUGGACAAAUAUAUGUAAGAAAGCAUCUUAACAGUGAAGCAACAAAAGUACUGGAUUGUGAGAGCGUUGAGCGCAUUGCAGCUGCUUCCUAA